GAGCUUAUUGUUUUCUGAUUGCUGUGACAGGUAACAAUGGCGGAAGGGGACAACAAGAGCGUUAACCAGCUGGCAGCAGAGACUUUACGCCUUAAAGAAUACUUUCAAGGAUGGGGAGAGGUGAUCGUCGUAGUUGACCGCACUCUUCGCAGGGAGAAGCCUUGGUUUCCUGCAGUUAUUGUGGGUGUGGUUUCAUUUGUAUUUCUAAUAAUCUACUUCUUGGAUCCAUCUGUCCUUUCGGUAGUAUCCUGUUUUGUAAUUUUCCUGUGCCUGGCUGACUACCUUGUUCCUAGACUUGCUCCCAGAAUUUUUGGAUCCAACCAGUGGACCACAGAUCAGCAGCAAAGAUUUAAUGAGAUUUGCAGCAACCUUGUAAAGACUUGUCGACGAAUCAUGGGUUGGUGGAAUCGCCUCUCUGCCCUUAAAGAGGAAAAGCCAAAAAUGUAUUUGAUGUCUGUGACCAUCUUUCUGGCUAUGCUUGCUUGGAUAGGACAACAGGUUGAUGACCUUUUGCUUACAUAUCUUCUUGUGACCUUUUUUGCUGUUGAUUCCUGGUCUCGACAAACAUCGAAUUAUAACAAAAUAUGAUGGAAUGGGAAAACG